GUAUAUGAUAUAAGUGGUUGAGUGUGAGGCAUAUGUACCAUGGUACUUGCCUAUAGAACAAGGACAGCUUUCAGGACUCUAUCCUCUCUUUCCACUCAGGCCAUCAGGGUUGUAUGGUAAGCACUUUUGCACACUGAGCCAUCUUGCUGGCUAUGCUGUGCACUUUUCCUAUAUGGCCUUGCAUUUGCCUGGGAGACAGGGACCCAUUUUCCCUUUAAAGAUAAAGACAAAGCUCUGGGAAACAUUGAGUCUUCAUUUUCUGUUUUCUCACGGUUGCCCUCCGCCUACGGAAGUCAGAAGAGUUCAGGCAAGGCUUUGGGAUUGGCUCCUUCUUCUUGAGAAAUAGACAGAAAUAAAGAUAGUAAAUUUAUCUUUAUUCAGAGAAAUUAGGAAAUUGGCAAAAAUAGUUAGGCCUAAGUCGUGGCCAUUAUCAAGGUCUCAGGGUCACGACUUAGCCCACAUGCAAACACCAGUCACAUUUCUAUGCAGUAUUCAAUGUUUGGAUGGCAGCAUUUUUAAAUGUUGUACUUAGGAAAACAUGCCCCAUGGCAGUCUUGCUGUUUUAGCUUUAAAGGAAUAUAGCCUCCAAAGGAAAACAGAGAAUAGUUACUAGGAACACAGAAAUUAUUGGACACUUUGUUUCCAGAGAACUGAACUCUCAGACUAGUCUCUUUUACACAGGCCCAGAAGUGUUGAACAGCCAGCCAGAGCCACACAACCGCUCAGCACCAGACACUUGAAUUCUGCCCCUGUAACCAGUGAGCUGUUUUUCUUCAUUACGUGUCUGCCAGUUUAUUGAGCCCUGUGUCCUGUGGAUGGAAAAAAGAAAGAGGCAGACGGAAAUAGAAGGGAAGAGACAACAGCUUGACGAGCAGGUGCUGCUGCUUCAACAUUCCAAGUCCAAAGUGCUUCGGGAAAAAUGGCUGCUGCAGGGUGUACCGGCGGGAACAGCGGAGGAGGAGGAAGCCAGGCGCCGGCAGUCUGAGGAGGAUGAAUUCAAAGUCAAGCAGCUUGAAGAUAACAUUCAGAGGUUGGAGCAGGAAAUACAAGCGCUCGAAAGUGAAGAGUCCCAGAUAUCCGCCAAAGAGCAGAUCAUCCUCGAGAAACUGAAGGAGACAGAGAAAUCCUUCAAGGACUUGCAGAAGAGUUUCUCCACUGCUGAUGGAGCUAUAUACGCCAUGGAAAUUAAUGUGGAGAAAGACAAACAAACAGGAGAGACCAAGAUUCUCUCUGCAUCCACCAUUGGCCCAGAGGGGGUCCAUCAGAGAGGAGUCAAAGUCUAUGAUGAUGGUACCAAAGUAGUGUAUGAGGUGCACUCAGGAGGCACCGUGGUAGAGAACGGAGUCCACAAAUUAAGCGCAAAGGAUGUGGAAGAGCUAAUUCAGAAGGCUGGACAAUCGAGCUUCAGAGGACACAUGUCAGAAAGAACUGUUGUUGCAGAUGGGAGCCUAGGCCAUCCCAAGGAACACAUGCUCUGCAAAGAGGCCAAGUUAGAAAUGGUGCAAAAAUCCAGGAAAGAUCAGUCUUCGGGAAACCCCGGGCAGCAAGCCCAACCCCCCAGCACAGAGGGUCCAGAGGUCAACCUGGAUCAACCGGUCACCAUGAUUUUUAUGGGCUACCAAAACAUCGAGGAUGAAGAGGAGACUAAGAAGGUGCUAGGCUAUGACGAAACCAUCAAGGCCGAAUUAGUGCUGAUUGACGAAGACGAUGAAAAGUCGCUGAGGGAGAAGACAGUGACGGAUGUGUCCACGAUCGAUGGGAAUGCAGCUGAACUGGUGUCCGGCAGGCCCAUGUCAGACACCACAGAACCCUCAUCCCCAGAAGACAAGGAAGAGAGCCUGGCCACAGACCCGGCCCCAGGUACCCAAAAGAAAAAGCGCUGUCAAUGCUGUGUUGUCAUGUGACCACUUCUUUCUCCUCCCCUUUCUUCCGGGCAGCCUCUCUACUCUCCGCCUCUUAAAUAGACCUCACUGUACCACUAACUGCGAUACUGUGAACUGGAAGCAAUCACCUGCCUUGCCUCGCAGUUGGAUUUGCUUUGAUCUCUCCCUCACAUCUUUCCUCCUCCUCACUUGGGAAACAACGUGCAUGUGUGUGCUUCAUUUUCUCCCCCCAAGAACUUACUUUUUUUUCCUCUAAACCUUUCUUUGUGUCUUCGAGAGUUGAAUCCGUGCGCUACUGCUCGAUUGGAGUGGACUCUUCAUAGCAGCUGGUUAUCUUGUAGCCUUAAUUGACUUGACUGGACUCCAACCGUUGGCACCGGGGGUUUUCAUUUCGGCGUGUGUUCCUCUAACCUAGACCUAGACACACACACACACACACACACACACACACACACACACACACACACACACACACACACACACACACUGCCGUGCCCCUGGCUUCUCACCUGCCUCCUCUGCUGUGUAGAUCUUUGUUUUUAUACCUUGUGUGGCAGAAAUGCUGUGGGCUGUAGCCGGUUGCUAGCGUAGCCAAAAGUGGACCUACCUUAAUCUGGGCCGUUCUAGGAUGACGCUUUUCCUUUGCUGCCUUACGUAAGCUUCCAGAUUCCAGUAUUGUGCUUUCCUUCUGUUAAAACCACAAUGAAGUUGACCUGAGAGCAAAGAACCCAGCGCCUGUCCCAGCGGAAGUGUAGGGACUGACUCACCACCUGGCGGUCAGCAGCUCUCUAUGGCUUACGCAAUGAACCCUUUGUACGGGAUUUUCUAAGGACCUCAGGCCACCAUUGUUCUCUGCGCCCGCUGUGCUCGCCAGUCCACAAGCCUUGUUUCCAUGCUCCCCGAAAAUGUAAAAUUUCAUAUUGUUUUCCUUUUCAUGUAUAUUUUCUGAUAGAACUCAUCUAUUUUCAAAGAGGGGAUCGUUUUGAGAGGUCUCUCUGCAGUGACCAUAUUCCUUAAAACAGUCUUUCUGACAUAGUGGGGCUGUCAUAAUAUCCCCCACUGUAUCAAGGAUGGUGCUGUAUGCAUUAACUGUCCAUUUCCUGCGCCCAGUCUUACAUCUGUGCUUUUUUUAAAAUUUAAUGUCCCCAUGGGUAAGAGAAUGUUUCAGGUAAUGUCAAUAUAUAGGUAUCUUCAGUCAAAAAAAAAAAAAAAAACAACAAAAAUUUUUUUUCAAUGAAAAUUGGAAAAAUGUUGAAAGAAGAUGAACUUGAAUUCUACCACAUAGUCUAAGUGACACAUUCCUGGACUUCUUAAAGCACCGUUUCUUCAUGUCUGGGAAUGAUAGAAUCUUGAAGAAUUUUUUUAAACUUCAAACUUGAUAAACGACCCUUGAGAUCCAUAGUUAGCUCUGCCCCAAACUGGAUAGCCAUGUGUUUAGUGAAAGCAAAAGGAAGAGAUUUAGAAAAAGAGUCUAAUACAGGAGCAAGGGGGAGUGGGGCUGUGUUAACUGAUUGUAAUGAGAUAACUUCAUUUACCCCGUCACCAUAGCUUCAUACAAAUCAGUAACAGAACCAUGUGUGUUCCCAUGGAAGAGCCACAUCCUAUGACCUACCACAUCAUGUCUUCACGUAUCUUGGAAGUGGCUCAGAAAAAAGUAAUAAUGACAAGGAAGCCUGGAGGGUUGCAGCACAGAACCGAGUAAAUUUGUCCCAUUUAGCUUGGGUGAGGAUAAAUCUGACAUUUUGUUAGUUUCUUGGCUCCAAGUCAUAUUUAUUAUAAUUAGAGGAAGAUGACAUUUCCAUUUCUGUUCUUCUUUUCUUAAGUAGUUUUAUUUUUAUUGAGCACAACAUGAGUCAUUUUUAAUCCUUCCUAUGUAAACAAGAAAAAAAAUUAAAGAAAGGAAUAGCAAAGGAAUGAGCAAAGUUUUCCUCAGGAGAUAACUGGGGAUUACCCCCAGGUCUGGGCUUCGCAAAAGUAGCUGUGGAAGAUGGCAGCGACUCUGUUACCUGGGAAUUGGCAGUGCCAACAGCCCACACUGCCCUCAACUUCAUUUCCCCCAGUGGUUAAAUAGCACACCAGCCUCGAACAAAACACCAUGUGGAUAAACCCAUUUCCACAGAAGGAGAAACUCGUUCUCAUGGUUUUAGACAAUCCAUCAUCUUAAGAAGCCAUUUGGGAAAUAUACAAUCUAAAAGUUUACUUAGCCUGUCUUUCUAUUCUCUUGGGGAUUUGGACUGCCCAGUGUGAGAUUUCAAAAGCACAGUGAGGAG